UGAGGCGUGGCUGACGGAGGAGGCGCUCUGGGGGGCGUGGGACUCCCCGGCAGGCGCGAGGCGCGGAGCGAGCCGCGCUGGACAAUGAGCGGGGCGGCUGGACGCGGCGGCCACCUUUAGCCGGCGGCUCUGCGGCCGCACCUGCGAGGAGGGGGCGGAAUGCCACGGCCAGGUGGCCCUGCGCUCUAGGGCUCCUCGGUCCCACGUCCGCGCGCCGCUGUGGCUGUGACGCGGGGCUGCCAGCAGGCUUGCCCACGACCGCGCUGUGUGGGGCCCCCCGGCGCCGGCGCCAUGGCCAGCGCCAGGAGUAUCGAGCUAGAGCACUUUGAGGAACGGGACAAAAGGCCGCGGCCGGGGCCACGGAGAGGGGCGCCCAGCUCCUCCGGGGGCAGCAGCAGCUCGGGCCCCAAGGGCAACGGGCUCAUCCCCAGCCCGGCGCACAGUGCCCACUGCAGCUUCUACCGCACGCGGACCCUGCAGGCCCUCAGCUCCGAGAAGAAGGCCAAGAAGGCGCGCUUCUACCGGAAUGGGGACCGCUACUUCAAGGGCCUGGUGUUUGCCAUCUCCAGCGACCGCUUCCGGUCCUUCGACGCGCUCCUGAUGGAGCUCACCCGCUCGCUGUCCGACAAUGUGAACCUGCCCCAGGGCGUCCGCACCAUCUACACCAUGGAUGGCAGCAGGAAGGUCACCAGCCUGGAGGAGCUUCUGGAAGGUGAGAGUUACGUGUGUGCAUCCAACGAGCCAUUUCGUAAAGUUGAUUACACUAAAAAUAUCAAUCCGAACUGGUCAGUGAACAUCAAGGGUGGGGCAACCCGAUCCUUGGCGGCUGCUGCUGCGUCUGUGAAAAGUGAAGCAAAAGAAAGUAAAGACUUCAUCAAACCCAAGUUAGUGACUGUGAUUCGAAGUGGAGUGAAGCCCAGAAAAGCCGUGCGGAUCCUUCUGAACAAAAAGACUGCGCAUUCCUUCGAGCAGGUCUUGACAGACAUCACCGAAGCCAUUAAACUCGACUCAGGAGUGGUCAAGAGGCUGUGCACGUUGGAUGGAAAGCAGGACAUUUUAACGGUAGUGUGAUGCCGCUGCCAGACUCUCAGCACGAGUGCGAAACGCCCUGCAGUCAUUGGAGGUUCGCUUCCACACCACUUCAGUUCUGGGAACCAAGGAAGGAACGUUACAAAUGAAGCAACACCUUCCAAUAAGAAGCAUUCCACUUUUCCUUACCCAGUUCAGGCUCUCUUUAAAACUGGACAUAGUAAAGGUUUUAUUUUAUAUAUAUUUGUAAUAGUGUAGGCAAUCUUUCCUAAAUGUAAGUGGAAAGACAUUUGUAUUGGGGAAUUGGGGAUU